UCACUGUCCUUCCACCAUGGCCCUGUGGAUGCACCUCCUGCCCCUGCUGGCGCUGCUUGCCCUCUGGGGACCCGAGCCGGCCCCGGCCUUUGUGAACCAGCACCUGUGCGGCCCCCACCUGGUGGAAGCCCUCUACCUAGUAUGCGGGGAGCGAGGUUUCUUCUACGCACCCAAGACCCGCCGGGAGGCGGAGGACCCGCAGGUGGGGCAGGCAGAGCUGGGCGGGGGCUCUAUCACGGGCAGCCUGUCGUCCUUGGAGGGUCUCCUGCAGAAGCGUGGCGUCGUGGAUCAGUGCUGCACCAGCAUCUGCUCCCUCUACCAGCUGCAGAACUACUGCAACUAGAC